AUGAAGUUCUUCAUCGAUGCUUUCUUCAGACAUCGAUGGUACAGUGGGAAUCACAAACGUGAUGGUCCCUCACUACUUCAGGCGUGGAACGCCUACAUCCAUAAUCUCGAGGAUGUAGGUCGUGACGCUUGGAACGACAAACUUAUCAAAGCUCGUGAUAAGUUUGAAAAGCGAACCCCGACAGGUGCACGCUACAAGCUGCAUCGUCUGUCAAGGGAGAAAGGAUUACCCUGCCUCUCUUGGGGAGACUCGUGCCCAUGUUGUGUGAACAACUCUGCACGAGCACCUAAGGAGGCUUACCUCCUUACCAGCCCGUGGUGGCGCGUACGUGUCUCUACUGAGAUGUACGAAGGGAUUGACAACCUGAAAUCCCUUUACGACCGUGCCGGGAAGACUUUCUCCGGCGGUCCUUCUGCGGCACAGGAUGUGUCGCGUCGUACUGCUCGACCAGACCCAGUACGUCAACCAUCAAUUGGGAGCGGGGCUCCCAAGAAUCCCAGGACGGGGGAUAGCCGCGCCACCGGACGAGGUAACUCGUCCGACGUCCGUUCACGUCGCGGUGGUUCAACAGCUGCUCUACUAGAUAGCGCUGGCCACCGCGAGAGUCCUCUAAUGGAGGUGGAGGAGGAGGAAAGACGCUCUCCACACGAUCAUGUGGAUCGGUGUGUUCCCGAGAGCUUCUUUGAUCGCGUAACGCAAGGGUUACGCGACGAUCUCGAGCAUGAGCGGAAUAGGCGUCUCCAGAUGGUGGACACUGCCUCGAAGCAUCGAGCUGAGUUUGCCUUUGCUCAGCUUGAGAACGAGAGAUCUCUGACAUCUCUUCGUGACGAGCUAAGGGUAGCUCGUGGGAUUGUUGAUCGGUCUCAGGCUGAGAUAACUGCUCUUCAGACCCUUGUUGAUGCCCACCAUCAGGAGCACAAGGCUCUCUGCGAGAUGCUUGAGCGCAAGGGCGUUCUUCAUCGGAAGAAGCAGCGUACUGAUGGUACGGCUUAA